UCGUUUGGCCGAAAACAAACGGAUUUUAUCGCUAACGAGCUUCGAAUACGACACGUUCAGAGAGGUUUACCGACCGAGAAGUUUCUAGGAAUACCUUUCAAAGUUUAAACGACGCGGCUAUGCUAUCGUUUGUCGCGAUCGUCGAUAAAAUUCAACAUCGAUGUUGUGCCUAUUCCGUUUCCUGGCAACGAACGAGCCACGCCGAUCCCGCGUCGACAUGGCACGCACCACUACCAUAAACCACCACCACCACCACCACCACCACCAACACCAAUACCACCACCACCACCACCACCACCGACCACAACCGCCAGCACAUCGACUCUGCACGCCGUACACUCCGUUUACCGAGAAUACGUUUGCCGAAAAACACACACCGAUAAAACGGCGAUCGCGUCAUUUAUCCCGCCGAUUCGCCACCUCACGGAUUCCCUCCGUCUGCUAAAACCGCCAUCCAAGAAAAUGAUCUUCAGAUAAGUAGCGGAUAUCUCGAUAGUCGCGCUCGCUACCGAACCAAACUAUCUCGGCGGCGAUCAUGGCGGGCAAAGGUUUCUGUGUGAAAAUACGACUGGAAUUACACGCCAUUACGUGCCCCGGUGUAUGGCUAUGUCCGAACGGAAAAAUAGCAUUGCGAAUAAACAGUUUUGGUUCCACCCUAGAAUCUCAUAGAGUAUCACCGAUUUUUCCGCUAUUAUUUCACAACGAGUUUAACUUUAAGAAAACUUUCACACGGCUGGCUGCUUUGACAGACUUGCAACGGAUUCUGCAGCAACAAUCUCUCCACGCGGAAUUGAUACAAUGGCUUAGUCCGUGCAACCAGCCCAUCCUUUUGGCUACGUUUCAGACCAGUUUGGCCGAUCUUCUCUAUCCGGUAACUUAUUGCAAACGGUUGCUGCCCGGAGUCGACGUCGAUCUGCUCAUGGACCCGACCAAGUAUUUCCCCGGUAUUAUAGCGCCUAAAAUCGAAAUUUCCACGAAAACGGUGAUAGAAGAGGUGAAAACGAUUUACGACGCGAACCUCGACAGGCCGUACAUCGUCAAUCCGAAAACCAUCGAUUCCAAGCAAAAAUCCCACGCUCACAGGAAACGACCCGUCAAAGGUAUCAUCAGGCAGAGGAAGGUUUGUCAUAGUCGAACCAAGACGAAAGCUCAAGUUUGCCAUCUCACACAGUGUCGAAACGAUCCGUGUAACCACGUGGAAUACUCGUGUGAAGGCGAACUCGCUCGGACCGAUCGGUGUUACCAUCCGAUGAAAUACGGAUCAAAGUGUCGGAACGAUAUUUACCUCGAUACCGAUACCGACACAGAAUUCGAUGUGCCGUCAAGACACUACCGGGUAUCCUCCGUUUGUGGCAACCUACACAUCUUCGACAGCUGCCCCGUCUGUUUCAAGUACAAAUGUUACUUUUCCAACGAAUGCGACGGCAGGAUCUCUCCCGACAAUCCCGCUCAUCCGCAAAAAGAUCGUUCGAUGUCGCAACAACGGAUCUCUACAGGAUUACGAUCAACGUCUCGUCCAUCUUACGGAGAGAAAGGUAAAGUCGCGUUGCACGGCAAAAGAUAGCAAGUAAAACGCACAAGAUCCAUUGCCUGUUAACCAUUUUCGUUAGUGAAAUGAAAUUACCAAGAGAGAAGAAAAACAACGAGACAACGCUUUAUUACAUCGUAUACGCGUGACAAAGGGGGGAAAAAGGAGCAAAGUUCUUGCAAAAGAUCGCAAUAGUUUUACAAAAUUAUGUACUUACGCAGAACCGAGACAUUCGAUGUAAACGUACGUGAGAAUAAAGUGCUGAAUGAUUCUGAUAACGUAA